UUGACUGAAGGAUCGGGGCGAGGCCACCUUGAUCUGGUGGUUUCAGUCAAACAAACAACACCUGAUCGUUUCGUCUCUGCUCACCAGUGAAUACAAGAUAUAAAUACAUCCAGUAGUAGUCAUUGAACAAGAAUUAAUAUGUUCACAGAUCACGUGUGCUCACGGACCAUUACUGCAACAGUGACAGGUUGCAUUACAUCGAGUUUCACAAACAUCUGGUAUCGUCGCUAUUUGGUCGGUGGAGAAUUUAGAGAUGCCAAAGUAUAUCCUGCUUGUCAUAAUAUUUGUAUUCCAGGGAAAUGGUGAGGAGUGUCCCUUGGGUAAAUAUGGUGAAACUUGUGAGGAAACGUGCAGCCCUAACUGUGCGCCUUCUCUUACUGACCAGUCAGUCCACUGUCACAAACUGACUGGAAGAUGUUCGGAAGGCUGCAAGAGAGGCUGGCAUGGUGACCAGUGUAAUGACCUAUGCAGCAAGAACUGUCUCAACAGCAUAUGUAACGUACAGACUGGAACUUGUAUAAACUGCGAAGUAAACUAUUCAGGGGAUUAUUGUGAGACAUCAGGAGAAAGUGGCACAAAACAAGAAACUGCCUCAACACCACUGGCUGCCAUACUUGUCCCUGUGUUCGCCAUACUCAUCAUCAUCAUCAUCAUCAUCAUCAUCACUGCGACUGUGUACAGAUGGUGGAGAAUAAGACGCAGAAGAUCUGAGGAGGCCUUGCAUGGUAAAGGGUCUAAUGCAGAUGAAGGUGACAGCCUAAUUAAUACCCCCCUCAUUGUUGCCUGUAAGGAUGGGGAACUAAAACGUGUCAGAGACAUCCUGAAUCAGAACUCGGAGGACAUCAACAAAAGAGGAGAAGAUGGACUGACAGCAGUUGUGUGGGCAGCAAGAAAGGGACACAGAGAAGUUGUUGAAUUGCUUGUGGGAAACGAAGCUGACCUGGGGCGUGUGGAUUGUCUAGGUAACAAUAUUCUACACUGGGCCUGUUACGGAGGGUAUGCGGACAUUGUGGAACAUGUCGUCUCAAAGAGCAUGGUAGACAUCAACAGGAGAGGGCAGGACGGGAGAACCCCACUGAUGUGGGCAGCUCGACAUGGGAAACUCGACAUCUUUAACUUUCUUUUAAGCAAGGGGCGUCUUCCAUCAGAAGUUGACAAAGAUGGAGACAACAUCCUUCUACUGGCCUGUUCGGGUGGGAAUGUGGACAUUGUGAAAUAUGUACUUUCACUUAAAACUGUAGGCACCAAUUGUAGAGGACAGUCCGAUAGGACACCGUUGAUGGUGGCAGCAUACAAAGGACAUGAAAAUAUCUUUGACGAACUUUUGAAGGAAGGAGCCGAUGUGACACUGGUUGAUGAAGCUGGUGACAACGUCCUCCAUUCGGCCUGUCAGGGGGGACAUGUGGAUAUUGUUAGGCGUGUCCUCGAGCUGGGCAAUGUGGAAAUAAACAAACAAGGGCAAUACCACAGGACGCCCUUGAUGACUGCAGCAAGGCUUGGACAUAAGGCCGUAUUUGAUUUACUACUGAAUGAAGGAGCUGAUGCAUCACCAGAGGAUGAGGAUGGUAACAACAUCCUUCAUCUGGCCUGUAAGGGUGGACAUCUGGAGAUAGUUAAGUCUAUCCUCCCACUGGACAAUGUGGACAUCGACGCCAGGAACAGACACAACAAAACAGCAGCCAUGCUGGCAACAAAUGGAGAUGAAGUAUUCGAGUUUCUUGUGUCACGUGGUUGUCUCACAACGUGAGUGAAAGGGGGUUGGCUGGUCAAUCAUCCAGCUGAGGUCAUCUGUCUAACACAAUUGUUAAAUUGGUUACAUGAACCAACUAGAAAGCCUGAUCACUGGAAAUGUCUGGGUAUGUUUUCUUUAACUAUAUGUAUUGGACGGAGAAGAGAAUCGAAAACAUUCUUAUGGAAUACAAACAAUUCUGAUUGGAUUUUUCUGUACCCUUUAACAGAAAUAGAUACUGCUUGUCAAUGACUUAGCCUUACCCAUUUCACUUGGGAUUUAGUUUUUCAGGAUGCAAAUUUGAUGCAUUGUCGUCACGUUUCUUGUUUGUGACGGCAUAUUAUUUAAGUUACUUCGUUACUUAUUGUAAAUCAAUUACCUCCAUUCUUAGGGUUUGAUACAGUCACAAAACUUA